GGAAAAAAUACGAUGCUUUAGUUUUAAAGACGCAGUAGACAAGACGAUGGAAAAAAUACGGUGCUACGACUACAAGCAGCUAUUUAAAAAUGGGAUGGACAAGUUUAAGAACCGCAAAAACAUGAUGCCAAAAAUGGAUAAGACCGCCUCUGGUGGCGGAUACAAGAGAGGAUUUCAGCUUCACGGGCAAAGACCUAUGAAGUUUCCAUACACUUUUACAGCGAAGAUUGUACAGAUGCCAUGGAAAUUUCACUAUGACACAAAUUGGUACUACAAAUAUUAUGUAUUUGGUGUCAUUGGAUCUAUACCUGUUUUUGCCUAUUUAAUGAAAUUGAGCUAUUCUCCCGAAAAUGUCAAAAAAUGGAAGGAAAUAAAAGCAAAGGAACAUGAGGAAUAUCUGCACAAAUGGGAUUAAAACUAUUUUACUUAUUUUAACAAUUUUACACAUUUUCACACUAUUUUUAGUAAUUGUGUUAUUAUCUAUCUAUAUUCACACAAAACUUUUUUUUUCCAGUUUGUAUCUAUAAUAUUUUGUCUAUUUUUUAAAGAA